AUGGCCAAUUCGGCGCCAACUGGUCCUACCGGCAGCUGGAGCGGAGCGACGAGCCAGCUCAAGCGAAGCAUUAUGUCUGUGGCAUAUCAGGGACAGAUAUCCUCGUUCAAGGCGCCUCGCGUCAAUUCAUCAUACUCGCUGGACUUCUUCGGGCCUGCAAUGAAAUGUGACGACGCUUUCGACCAAGAGGGCAUUAUCUCGAAUCUUUCGUCGGCAGGUGCGAAUCAGCAGGGAUUCGAUAAAUACUAUUACAUUGCCUGGGCGCCAAACGCUACCGCAGUGGUGCCCCUUGUAAGCGAUAGCAUUGGCUACAACUACAGCAGGAGCUCCUCACUCCGUCUAACCGACGAUGGCGACCUCCCUCGAACGAUAUACGCGGGUCUCAACGAAACAAAUCCGGCUGCACUAUUCAUUGCGUACCAGAAUGAUAAUAAUUGGAUCGUAGAUAAUGGCUCGCUCUACAAUGCGACUUAUGGCGUCACCUUUGAGUUCGCGAAUGGCGUUCAGAAAGUCACUAUCGAUGAGCAUACGCUACAAAAUUCCAUCACGACGAACUCGACGACAUCAGCCUUUGUGCCGUGGCCCAAUGUCUUGGCCUUGUCUGACCCUGAAUACAGAUCAUAUUUUGGUUUUAUGGAAGCAUUACAGGCUGUUUUGACGGGCUCUCUAUACGACAUGACUGUGAUUGAAUAUCACAACACAUACUCUUAUAAUUGGACCAAGCUGUGGUUGGCAUACGGUGCUGCUACAGUGGCCACUCUCGCAACGGUUGCGAUUGGUCUCGUGAGUUUGGUUACCACGGGCACAUCAUACAGCAACAAAUUCUCGACAACCAUUCGCGUUUCACGUGAUGCGACUCUGGAUGCUUUGAUAGGAAAGGAAGACCGAUCCGGCCAAGACCCUUUGCCUCCGUAUAUCAGUAAGAUUAGAUUCGCGAUUGGCAUGGAAAGGUCUCUGGGCAAACUGGAACAGGACGUGAACGACAUGGAAUCUGAACGCCAAGCGCUCAGGCUUCAGGACAUCUCACAAAGAACCGCGGUUGAAGAUGAGCAGUAUAGCAUGGAACAACAUCGACCAGGAUAUAUCAGAGAGAGCUCUUCAAGAUCUGUGAUGCCUGGUGUUCACACCAGUUAUCGAUAG